AACUAUUACUUUCAGUUUGCAGCACAGAUGUGAAAAUUACUCUGUUACAUGUACACCUUAUUAACUUUAUAGCAGUAUGGCUAUUUGGGGGUACAUGAAAUUAACAAAUAAAUUUAAAUUCUUUUAUCAGGGUUUGUGAUACUUUUCCUUGACAGAGUGCCUUUUAGAACUGUCAGUCCUGUGCAGGUAGUAUUUAGAGUUGAUAAAAUAAAUGCCUGGUUUUAGAUUAGAAACCAAAAUGUAUCUUUCCUACCUCUUUAACUUGGCACAAAUAAAAAAUAUACAUAUUAAAUAUUCAUUAUAAACAUAACAGACAUGUGUAGACAUACAGAUGGCUAGAUUAUCUGUAAGAUAGAGAUACAUUCUUUAACAAAUUCAACAAAUUUCUUUCAAGUUCAACAAAUAGAACUCACGAGUGCUAGGCAGUGGGAUUAAAAAGAUGAAGAAGACACAGUUCCUUCCCUUGGCUUUGCAGUCAAUUUUAGUCCUUUUUUGGUUUCUAGAUAGAAUUGAAUAUUGAGGAGACUGUAGACUAAGAAUUUCAGAGAAAAUGGAGAAGGGAGAGGAAGGUAGUUUGGAAGACUUCAUUGAACUUUAUUAAAGUCUGGAAUCAUGAAUAGGAAUCAGAUGAAGAAUAAAUGUUAACUGGAGGAGCCCAUCGACUUCUGUGGCCCCAGACGGUUGUAGAGUGUGUGACUUGAUGAACCCAUAGAUGUUGAGCACAUCCUGACAAGAGAAGUUUUAAUUAAAUGUAUUUCUUAUUUAACAUAUCUAGGACCUUAUUUUUGACCAACUCUACUAUCAUUAAGUAGCAUUUCUUCUACAGGCAGAGAAAUGUAGGGAUGUGGACAGUGGCCCUUUAAUCAGGACGGUUUUGUCUUGUAGAACCUGACUGUGAGAUGAAUAACACUGUUCAUGUAAUAGGGCAUGGCUUCCAUGGGUUUUGCAAGAUCUCAUUUGAUGAUCUAAGUACAUGUAAUCGGUCUUCAGAGAGAAGUACUUAAGGCACCUUUUUAUUUUUAUAUCUCAGAUAAUAAUAGACUAGUAGAUGCUAUAAUGUAUUCUUGAAGUAAGGUGUAAUGAUUAUAAUGAUGCAGUUUUAAUAUGUUUUUUGUUUCCUCUGCUUUAAUUUCUAUCAUGUAAAAUUUAUUUUGUGUUGGUGUACUUUUUAAAAUCAAUUUCAUUCGAUACAGACAUUUAUUGUUUAUUGUGAAAUUGACAUCAUUCUUUUGUUCUUUUUACUUUUUCUCUCUGCAGUAGAUUAGGGUCUGAUAUUUUAUUUCCCUGUGAAUUCUUAAGAGUUUCAAAAACCACUACUCUUUUGUUACACUUUUAUAAUUAUCGUUUUUUAAAGUAUUUAUUUAUUUAUUUAUUAUUUUGGCUGCACCUGGUCUUAGUUGCAGCAUGCAGACUUCUUAGUUGCAGCAUGCGAACUCUUAGUUGCAGGAUCUUAUUUCCCAAGGGAUCGAGCCCAGGCUCCCUGCAUUGGGAGCACAGAGUCUUACCCACUGGACCACCAGGGAAAUCCCAGUUUCUCAAACAAUUAGGUCUGCAUCCUAACUGGCAGUUUGUUGAUGUAUAUGGAAUGGAUCCUGAACUCCUUAGCAUGGUACCAAGACCAGUGUGUGCAGUGUUACUUCUCUUCCCUAUUACAGAAAAGUAUGAAGUAUUCAGAACAGAAGAAGAGGAAAAAAUAAAAUCUCAGGGACAAGAUGUUACAUCAUCAGUGUAUUUCAUGAAGCAAACAAUCAGCAACGCCUGUGGAACAAUUGGACUAAUCCAUGCUAUUGCCAACAACAGAGACAAGAUGCACUUUGAAUCUGGGUCAACCUUGAAAAAAUUCCUGGAGGAGUCUGCAUCAAUGAGCCCUGAAGAACGAGCCAGAUACCUGGAGAACUAUGACGCCAUUCGAGUUACUCAUGAGACCAGUGCCCAUGAAGGUCAGACUGAGUCCUCCUCGCCAUCCUCAUCACAGCCUCAUUCUAGCCACUGCAGAGCGAAGGCCUCAUCAUUGUGUCACCAUGCAUCCCUGCCCUGGGUCAAACGUAACCAUGUAGGCCCUGCAAAGGCUACCAGUCCAUCUCUCCGUCUUCGUCGCUGGCGACCCUUCUUGCGCCUACCAUCUUUGGGUCUCCAUUCUGUUGCACCAAAUAUAGAUGAAAAAGUAGAUCUUCAUUUUAUUGCAUUAGUUCAUGUAGAUGGGCAUCUCUAUGAAUUAGAUGGACGGAAACCAUUUCCAAUUAACCAUGGGGAAACUAGUGAUGAAACUUUAUUAGAGGAUGCCAUAGAAGUUUGCAAGAAGUUUAUGGAACGUGACCCUGAUGAACUGAGAUUCAAUGCCAUUGCUCUUUCUGCAGCAUAGCUUGUCCAGAAUGGAAACACUAAAUACUGUAUUAUUUGCAACAAAAUUAAAUUUCUUCUGCCAUACACUAACUCAGAAAUUUUGAUAUUUUCAUUCUCUUGACUGAAUAAACUUUAUGUGAACUAA